AUGCUUAUCACUUCUCAAAUCUUUCGUGCCCUCUCUCGUCUAUCUAAACCCAAUGCGGUUCACUUUAAGCGUCGAUUUACCGCGACAAACGACAUCAAUGAACAAGAAAAACUUCAAAGGAGUGAACUUUAUGAGAAGCAUAUGCGAUUUUAUCGGAGUAAUUAUAUAGAUAAGAUUAAUUACGAAUUAUUAGAAGAUUUUCCAGAAUGGCUCGACGGAAUAGGCCUGAAAAUUUUGACACCUUAUUUCGAAGGCAUGAGGUGGGAAGAAAUCAUCAAGCUAAGCAUGAUGGAUCUGUAUUUGUUGGGAAUCCGAAAUUCAAAAGUCAGAACCUUGUUGGUCAAACAUUUUUGGAAGGUUAAGAAUAUGAUGGCUAAAGAUAAGGGAGGUAAUCUUGGUCCUUCCGAAAUACGUAAACGUAUAAAUGAUUUCACUCGGGCUGGGCAUGAUCUUGCGGUCGACCCUUAUUUGCUAAGCGUCGACUAUGCGUACGCAAGUUUUGAACCAUUCUUUCACGGAAAAAAAUGGCAGGACAUUGUGGAGAUGAAUGCAUGGGAUCUGAAAGCGAUAGGCAUAAGAAAUGAUGGAUUAAGGCGUAAAAUGGUUUGGAAUUUAAGAGAGUUCAAGAAAGCAAUGGUUCAUGCCGAUAACGAUUUCGCUUUGAUCAAUGAGGAAUUAUGA